AUGAAAAAAAAAAAAAAUUUUGAUAAAUUUUUAUUAUCUUGUGUUACAAAUUCGUCUUCGUUUAAGAAUCUUUACAAUAUAAAUCAUGUUAAAUUGAACAGGAAUUUUGUUAAUAAAUUCAAAAAUAAAUGUUUUUUUUGUUCGAAUAGUUUUCACAAUUUUAAAUUAUAUAACAAUAAUAUUCCCUAUACUUAUUAUAAUAACCUUUAUAAGUAUGAUCAAAAUCGAGGUAUUACAUAUUUGAAAAAAAUAUAUACAAGAAGAUAUACCAACAUCAGUGAAUUAAAGAGUGUAAAUGAGAAUCAUACAAAAGAAAAUAUAUUAGAUAACCCAAUUAAUAUUAAUGGGUGUAAGGAAAGUAAGUAUGAUGAAGAUAAAGACAUUUUCCAUAAUACUGUGGAGGAUAUAAAAUGUAAAGUUCCAGGCAAUUCCAAAAGCUGUACUAGUACAAAGACUGGAAAAAAAAACGGAAAUAAAAAGGCAAAAGAAAAAAAUAGUAAAAAGAAAGAGGAAAAUGGAAUUACUGAAAAAAAGAAUCACAAGAAUGGUAAUAAAUCAAAGGAAGGUACAAAGGAAAAGAAGACUAAGAUAACUAAAAAGGAUAAUGAAAAAAAAAAUGAAAAUAAGAUAGUUCAUGAAAAGGUUAAGAAUACGAAAACCAAAAAGACAAAAAAUGAUAAAAUGGAAAAGAUAAAACCAAAAAAGGAAAUGGUUGAAAAAAAAAAAAAAAAAAAAAUCGAUAUAAAUGAAUUAGCUACACCUAUAUUAGAUAAAAAUAUGAUUAAAGAAAAAUAUUUUAAAGAAUAUCAAGAAAUAGGUGUAAAAAAUAAUAUAAUAAUAAAUAAAUUGGAUAAAAUAGAAGAUAUAGAAAGAUUUGUUAGUGAAAAUAAAUCAUUAUUAAUGUUUGGAAAUAUUUUAGCAUAUAAUAAUUUUUUAUAUGAAAUAUAUGAUAAAUUUUCAAAUUCGGAUAUAAAAAAAGUGAAGAAAAUAAUUAAAAAUUAUAAUAAGUUAACAAAAAAAACAGAUCAAAGAAAAAUAAAAUUUUUCGAAUCCUUUUAUGAAAUAUGUCCAAAAGAAUAUAAAGAUGUGUUAACUUGUUUAUUUAUUCAAUCAUCUGACAUUUUAAAGGAAGAAGAUAUUAAUAAUACAUUUUAUUAUGACCAAAUUAUAAGUAAUUAUAAAGAUAAUGAAGGGAAUAUGGUAAUAGAAAAUGAGUCAACAAAUUUGGAAAACGAAAACAACAGCAAAAAACAAAAAGACAAUAAUUAUAAUGGUAAACAUAAAAAUAAUGAGAAUAACUAUAAUAAUAAGAUUGUAUAUGAUAUUGAUGUUAAGUUUAGUGAUAAUGAUGGAAACCAAAAUAUUAAUGAAAAUAAUUUUAUUAUUGCUUAUAAUUUACCAAUAAUAAAUUAUGAUUUGUUAAGGGAAGAACUUAAAGAAACCUUUUCUUUUUGUGGUGAAAUAAAAAAUAUAGAAUUUUUUAACGACCGACUUAAAACAAUUGAUUUGAAUUCACUGAAUGAACAAGCUAUUUCAGAGAAUGUAAAGAAAAGUCCAAAUGUGAAAAAUGAUAAUAAAGAUACAGAAAAUGGUUUAUUAAAUUGUGAAAAAAAAAAAGAAAAAAAAAAAAAAACAGGACGAAAUAAAAGUGCACAAUCACCAAAUACUGUGAAUAACAAUGUUAAUAAUUAUACGCAACUUUAUGCAAUAAUAGAAUUUUAUGAUAAAGAAUCAGUAAAUUUAGCAACUAGUGAUUUUUUAAGAAUCUUUGGAAUUUUUUGUUAUAAAAAAUUAAUAUAUGUUGAUAAAUGUAUAAAUAAAAAUAUUAUGAUAAUAACACAUUUACCAUUUCAUUUACAUAUAUAUAAUAUUUUAUACAUUUUAUUAAAUGCGUCCGUGUGUAAACUUGAUAUGAAUAAUAAGCAAAGAGACACUGGUUAUAGGUUAAAUAGUGUUAAUGUGCCUAAUCAGAAUGACAACACAUUUAUGGGUCUUCGAGACUUAAAGAAUAAUUUGAGUAAAAAAUUAGGAGGGUUAUUAAAAACGAAUGAAGAAAAAAGUGAACAAAAUAAUACAAAUGAAGAGAUGAGAAAAAGAAAAUGUGAGUUUCUCCUACGGAAUAGUGAUAUAAAAAUUGAAAACAGUGAUGAUAUUUAUAAUAUGUGUAAUAGUACCAAUUUUGAUGUUUAUGAGCAUAUAUAUGAAAUAUCAGAGAAAAGUUUUUUAAAAUUUAAAGAUGAGAAUAUUAUUGAAUUGAAAAUUCCUAUAAAUGGUAAUGAUGGUGUUGAAGAAAAGGAAAAAGUUUUUGAAACAUUUUCUGAUUUUUAUCAAAAUAAAAAUAAAAGACUAAAAGAAAAAACAUUAAAUAUUAACAAUAAUGGAAGGACAAUAAUUCUACAUUUUGAUAAUUUUUCAAAUUUAUAUAAUUGUUUAAAAACAUUUAAACAUAUUUUUAAAAAUAAAAAUUGUAUGAUCUUUUCAUUAAAUUUAAGGAGAUGUGUAUACAUAAAUGGUGAAAUUAAAGAUCAUGUUCAAGUUAAAAAUUAUAGGAAGCAAAUGGAUGCUUAUUAG